AUGGACCUUGAAGAUGAUGAGGAGAAGGAAAUGCAGCACGGCACCGUCGAAAGCCCCGAGACCAGACUCGAUGCCUUGGUCGUUGGCAGCGGGUUUGCAGGAAUCUACGCUUGCUAUUCACUGAGCAAGCUAGGCUUGAGAUUCGCCUGCGUGGACAAUGCUGGAGACGUUGGAGGCACCUGGUAUUGGAACAGGUAUCCAGGGGCAAUGAGUGAUACACACAGUCACAUCUACCGGUUCUCCUUCGACGAAGAGGACUACCAGAACUAUCCUUUCACUCACAACUACGUCAAUCAGGCGGAAAUCCUUGCGUACCUGAGACACGUGGUGGACCGGCAUGACCUGAGGAAAUAUAUGCAGUUUAAUACGGAGUUGAGGUCAGCUGUCUUCAACGAAGAAACCAACACCUGGCGAGCGAUCAUGCACACCGGCCAAACAUUCGUCGUGCGCUAUUUUGUCUCGGCUAUGGGCCUUUUGUCGCAACCUAUUUACCCGGACAUUGCUGGAUUACACGACUUCAAAGGCACCGUGGUCCAUACCGCCGCCUGGAAGGAUGAUCUUGAUCUUCGCGGUAAACGAGUCGCUCUGAUCGGUAACGGCUCCACAGGUGUUCAGGUUACCACAAAAAUCGCAGCGCAAGUGGCAUCGCUGACGUGCUUCGUCCGCCAUCCACAAUAUGUUGUGCCCGCUGGCUACCGAGAAUUUCCACUCAAGCAGAGACAAGACAUUAACUCUAACUACUCGGAAUUCUGGAACAAAGUCCGUCGAUCCGCUGUCGGUUUUGGCUUCCCGGAGAGCACACAAUCUUUCGCGUCUGCCACGCCUGAGGAGAGGGAGCUCGUAUUUGAGAAGCUAUGGAGUGACGGGAACGGCUUCUGGUUUCUCCUGGGGGGUUUCAACGACAUCACCACGAACCUCGAAGCCAAUGAGUUUGCAGCCGAGUUCGUGCGGCGAAAGAUCCGCAAUAUUAUCCAGGACCCGGACAAGGCGCGUGUUCUAACACCGAACGACUACUACGCCCGCCGGCCUAUUUGUGGCAACUUCUACUACGAGCAAUUCAACCGAGACAACGUGCGUGUCGUCGAUCUCAAGGAGAACCCUAUCACCGCAGUCACGGAGCGUGGUAUCACUGUGAGUGGCAGCGUCGAGUAUGAAUUCGGCACCAUUAUCCUCGCGACGGGAUUUGACGCUCUCGACGGUAAUUACACUCGGCUCCAUAUCUCAGGACGCCACAAUAAGUCGAUUAAAGAACACUGGUCUAAGAAUGUUACAAGCUUUUGUGGAGUUAUGCUGUCUGGGUUCCCCAACAUGUUUAUGAUCUUGGGCCCUCAAUCCCCGUUCGCUAACAACCCCCCCGUCAUCGAGAGUCAGGUGGACCUGAUCAUGGCGGUCAUCAAAAGGUCCGAAGCUCUGCGCAAUGAUUCGGGGUACGCUGGCGUCGUCGAAACUACGCUGGAGGCCGAGCUCGAAUGGGCCCAGCGGUGCGAGGAUGCAGUUGGCGAUAGUCUCUUCAAGAAGACUUCGUCUUGGAUCUUUGGUGGGAACGUGCCCGGCAAGGUGUUCGCUACUCGAUUCUUUUUCGCGGGAUUGGGCAUGUACCGCGAAUUCGUCGAGUCGUCGAUUAAGCAAGGCUGGAGAGGGAUUGGAUUUACCUAG